UCUCAUUUACGCACUUGGUACGAGUUGUACGAGUAAGACAACAAAAACAAUUGCGAGGAAAAUUUAAGGUGAAAAUAAUGCUUACAUGACAGUUGUAAAAUUAUGACUGGAAAAAGCAGACUUUGCACAAUUCUUAGGUCCCUAGACUUUAGCAGUCGCAAUGUGGCGCCACAGCUAAACGGGAGCAAAACAAAAAAAUUAUCGAAUUAAUAAAAAAUAAAUAAAAUAAAGUUAAAGCUAAAUAAGUGAAUUGAUAAAUUGUAAGAAUUUCGGAAUUUAGAAAUUAGUUAGUUAAAACUAACAACUGCAAACACAAUAAUAAAAUACAUAUGUAAAUGUUUUAAAUAAAAGUGACAAAAUAAUACAAUAAUUUCAGUGUUAUUUGUUUUUUUUUUCUUCAUCACGUAUUAAAAAGUGAGUAAAAUAAUACAAAUGUAGGCACUUUACAUUUGGGUGUUUGUUGUAAUACAAUAACGGUAUUUUUCGGGUUACUUAUUUUGUGUGCGAAUUAUAUUAACAACAAUCGAAGAGAGUAAAAGUGAGACACUGAAAGAAAAUAAGGAACAAACUAAACAAAUACGACAACCAAACCCCCACCACCCCCUUUGGAGUCAAAUUUGAGUUUUGUUAUUUCUUUUUAGUAUACGUAGUAAAGUCAAACGUUUGACAUGUUUUGUUAGGUGAAUACGGAAAUUUUCUUUCACCAACAAGGAAAACAAAAACAAAGUAUUAUUGUUAUUUAGUGCUGCAAAUAAAACGUUCAUUAUUACCGGCGGUAUAUAGAAACAAAUAGGAAAAUUUUUCCUUAAUACAAUUUAUAAUGUUUUGUGAUUACGUGAAAUUAUAAGAACACUUUUGAAAAUUUUAAUAAAUGAAAAACUAAAAUGUUUCAAAUCAAAUUCAAAUCAAUUUAAUGUAAAAAGUUUAAUGUGCAUUAGUGUUAUCAUUUUAUUAUAUAAAACAAAAAUAAAUAACAACAAAAAGGUGUAGGAAAAAAAUGUAUAAUCAAAUGUAAACAGAACAAAAUAAAAAUUCAUAAUAACAGAAAAAAAUAAAUAAACAAAAUAAAUAUAAUAACAAACAAGCUGUGUUUUAUUUAGCAUUAAAAUAACAACAACCUACAGAAAAAUAAUAUAAAUACAAAAACAAAGUUAAAUUUUAAACCAAAAUAAAAAAAAUAAUAUCACAACUAUAUUCACAAAAGUAAAAAAGUUUCAUCACAUGCUACACAAAUCUGUGGCUAUUGGUAUAAAAUUUUAUCCUGUUUGAAAUAUUACAUAAUAUAUUUAAACUAAUGUAAAAUAUGGUGUUUUUUCGUUAUUGGCUGUCUGUUGAGCAACUGUAAUAAAAAUAAAACAACAAAAAAUUCAACACCAUAAGGAAGGCUUUUAGCGCAAUUUAACGAUGAUGUAUAAGAAAAUCAGUUAAAAACAAAAUACUUGGCAACCAGCUAAAUAAACCAUACAACCAACCAACCCAAAUUUAACUGAAACCGAACCAAACUCAACUUUAUAGAACUUAACUCAACACAAGUAAACUGAACUGAGUACAGUACAGUACAGCUGAAAAAAACAGUGUAUUAAACUUAAUAUCAGAGUAUAAGGAAAAUCUACCAACAGAGGAUGAGGAAGAGUUUUCAAUAAAAACAAGUGAUUGUUUGCUAAAAAUGAAGACAAACAAAAUGACAGAAACAAAAACAAAAUAACAAAAUCUAGAAAAGUAAACACACAAAGAAACACAAUAUUUAUUUAUUUGUUAAGAAUAUAAUGAAGUAAAACAAAAACAAAAAACAGCAAUAACAUUAACAAAAAACCGGGAGCGAAAAGAUUUACAUUUACAAAGGCUAAAAGCAACUUAACAAUGAUGUACGAAAGUCGAAAUGUUGCAAAUUUGUUUAUGAGCACAAAAUCCCAUGGAAAUUACUGGAAACAUUUGCUACAACAAUAGAAUACAACAGUCAUCAAUUACAAAGCCACAGGUAAUAGUAUAAUGUAAUCACAACAAAUAUUGAUACAACCUCUACCUACCACACCACCAACUAAGUAACACAACUGUAAACAGACGACAUAAACUGCGAGAAGAACACAGUAAAAGGACGGACAUUCACUUGUACACAAAUUUUGCUGCUAAAACGAAGAAAAUAAAACCACAACGUUUUUGGUUUAUUUAUUUAAUUAUUGUAACGAAAGAAGCUCUCUCUCUCUCGCCCUCUCUGUGGUAAAGGACAAUCUCAGGUUGUUAUGGUUAUUUUUGAUUGAUGAUGGCUAAACUUUAUGAAGGUUGAUUGUUUAUUUUUAUAGAACAUUACAUUGUUUGUUGCUACAAAAACAUUAAUUUUGCGUAAAUGUCUAUGAACGAAACAAGUGGCAGCAGAAGUGGAAGAAGAGCUGGUCUCCUCAACAUAUCGUUGUACUAUUGCUGGUACAUAGAACACAAUGACAGAUGUGUCAACGGCACAAACAAACGCACUAGCAAGUGCUAAAUCAAUAAAAAACAACAAUGAAACAUGUCAAUCAAUAGCGGAUACAACGUCAGCGCCAGCAGCAACAACAAUAACUACAACACCUACGCUAACAAAUGGUUCUACAGUAAAAAUCAAUAAUAUACAAAUACCAACAAUAACAACAGACGAACAACAUUUGGCUACAACAACAACAAUAAUCAAAAUGUCUACUGUCGGUAUUAAAAGUCCAACACCAACAACCCAAUCACCGGCCACAACACCCAGUCAAACAUUAGUUUCUUAUGACACCAACACCACCGCCUGCUCCACCACCUUAAUCACAACAGCGAAUCAAUCUAAUCAACUCAUUACAAAGCCCGCCUUACAAACCGAUAGAGAUUCCGUAUCACCGGAAACCAUUCUUACUACAUCCUCAUCAGCAUCAUCACCAUCAAGAACUUGUGGUGGUAGCAGCAACAACAUGGUGGGUAAUGCUGCAACAGCGUUAAAUUCACCCGUCCACUGUUCGAGUCCCUCUAUCAAAAGUGUGACAAAACAGCAACGUGAAGCUACACCGCAAGAUGUUGAUGAAGUGGCUCGCUUGUUUGAGGAGAAACCCGAAGCAUUUGAAAAGUGGUUAAUGGAGCGUGCUCCACCCGAAGCAUUGGCUCGACUGCAUGAAUUUAUCGAGAGUCGCAAGACGCCGUUGAAAAGGCCUUCGGUUACAUCAGAUCUUUUUCAACAGUGGUUGUCUUCAUCGCCAAUUCAGAAGAAUCGUUCCUUAUCUUCAGCAUCGAGUAGCAGCCAUGCAGUAUUGGACAAUCGUCGCCACUUAAUGGAAUUGGAUGAAGGUGAACUGUUUAUGGAAUUAAUACGUGAUGUUGCCAAUGAAUUGGACAUCGAUGUGUUGUGUCAUAAAAUUCUAGUCAAUGUUGGUCUACUAACACAUGCAGAUCGUGGCUCAUUGUUUUUAGCGAAAGGACCACCCAACAAUCGAUACUUGGUGGCCAAAUUAUUCGAUGUUACACAAAAGACACCGCUUAAAGAUGCCGUUAAAAAAGCUAGAUCCGAAGAAAUUAUUAUACCAUUUGGUGUUGGUAUUGCUGGUAUGGUGGCACAAACAAAACAAAUGAUUAACAUACGUGAGGCGUACAAGGAUUCACGAUUCAAUUGUGAAAUUGACUUAAAAACUGGCUACAAAACCAACACCAUACUAUCGAUGCCAAUAUGCAAUUAUGAGGGAGAUAUUAUAGGUGUCGCACAGAUAAUAAAUAAGACGAAUGGCUCAAAUGAAUUCGAUGAACAUGAUGUUGAAAUAUUUCGCAGAUAUUUAACGUUUUGUGGUAUUGGUAUACAAAAUGCUCAACUAUUUGAAAUGUCCGUCCAGGAGUAUAGGCGUAAUCAGAUUUUAUUAAAUUUGGCGCGUAGUAUAUUCGAAGAGCAAAAUAAUUUAGAGUGUUUGGUAACGAAAAUAAUGACCGAAGCCAGGGAGCUGCUGAAAUGUGAGAGGUGUUCAGUGUUUUUAGUUGAUUUGGAUUGUUGUGAGGCGAGUCAUUUAGAAAAAAUUAUAGAGAAACCUGAUGAAAUCAAAAGACGUUUAAGUCGUAGCAUUAAAAGCAGUGAAAGUUUUGAGGAAAAGCAAAAACUUUCUACACGAUUCACAGUACUUUUUGAAUUGGGCGCUACAAACCAGUCGGCGAAUAUUUCACGACCAUCAGUAAAUGAUCUCUGCACUUCAACUUUGGCUCAAAUAGCACAAUAUGUUGCUUCGACGGGAUAUACGGUGAACAUACCCGAUGUCAGGGAAUGGGUGCUAGAGCACAAUCAAAUUAAGGCCGAAGAUGAAAUUGACUGCAUUAAGGCAAUACUUUGUAUGCCCAUAGUGAAUGCUCAAAAGACGGUAAUAGGUGUAGCUCAAUUGAUAAAUAAAGGCACUGGGGUGCCAUUUACCGAUUCCGAUGCGUCAAUAUUCGAGGCCUUUGCCAUAUUCUGUGGUCUGGGCAUACAUAAUACACAAAUGUAUGAAAACGCUUGUAAAUUAAUGGCCAAACAGAAGGUGGCAUUGGAAUGUUUAUCAUAUCAUGCAACUGCAGCACAGGAUCAUACCGACAAACUGGUACAUGAUACCAUAGAAUCAGCGGAGACAUAUAAUUUAUAUAGUUUUAAAUUUAUCGAUUUCGAUUUGUGUGAUGAUGACACCAGUCGUGCUGUUGUUCGCAUGUUCCUGCAGUGUAAUCUCGUGCAAAUGUUUCAAAUACCCUACGAUGUUCUAUGUCGUUGGGUUCUAAGUGUACGCAAAAAUUACCGUCCUGUCAAAUAUCACAAUUGGCGCCAUGCUCUCAAUGUGGCACAGACUAUGUUUGCCAUGAUGAAAACUGGUCGCAUGGAGCGCUUUAUGAAGGAUUUGGAAAUAUUUGGUCUUCUUGUGGCAUGCUUAUGUCACGAUUUAGAUCAUCGUGGCACCAAUAAUGCUUUUCAAACUAAAACCGAAUCGCCAUUGGCCAUAUUGUAUACAACCAGUACCAUGGAACAUCAUCAUUUUGAUCAAUGUGUCAUGAUUUUAAAUUCGGAAGGAAAUAACAUAUUUCAAGCUCUUUCACCGGAAGACUAUCGUGGCGUAAUGAAAACUGUAGAAAAUGCUAUACUUUCCACCGAUUUAGCAGUAUAUUUUAAAAAGCGAAAUGCGUUUUUGGAGCUAGUAGAAAAUGGUGAAUUCGAUUGGCAAAGUGAGGAGAAGAAAGAAUUAUUAUGUGGCAUGAUGAUGACAGCCUGUGAUGUUAGUGCUAUAGCAAAACCCUGGGAAGUGCAACAUCGUGUUGCAAAACUAGUGGCUGAUGAAUUCUUCGAUCAAGGUGAUUUAGAAAAAUUGCAAUUAAAUACACAACCAGUGGCUAUGAUGGAUAGAGAACGCAAGGAUGAAUUGCCAAAAAUGCAAGUGGGUUUUAUCGAUGUAAUAUGUCUACCAUUAUAUCGAGUAUUGUGUGAUACUUUCCCUUGGAUAAUGCCCUUAUAUGAGGGAACUUUAGAAAAUCGUAGUAAUUGGCAAGAUUUAGCGGAAAAGGUGGAGAUGGGUUUAACAUGGAUUGAUCAUGAUACCAUUGAUAAACCCGUCGAAGAAUUUGCUGCCUGUGCUGAGGAAGACAUUAAGGAUAUAGAAUUUACGGUGACCACCUUAAAUUGCCAUCAACAGCAGCACAGUGACGAGACAUCCACACCAGAACACCACCGCGGCACUUCGCGUUUGAGCAUGAAAAAAACUGGAGCCAUAGGAAAAGCGGUCAAAUCGAAGCUCACAAAAACUCUUUACAACAGUAUGGACGGCGUUAAACCGAAAACAUCUCUAAAGCUGCUAGAAACACAUGUCAGCGAAGAUCUGGAUGAUAAAAGUCCGACAAGCCCAUCACAGCCUCCAAGUGGUUCCACUGGUCAAAUGUCAGCCUCAUCAUCGAUAUCAUCAUCGUGUACGACAACUUCGGCAACCGAUAAGAAUAAAAAACGUUCUAAAUUAUGUGCACUAUUGUGACGAAAACCUUCCAAUUAGAAUUUAAAGUAAGAUUUUGUUUUUGCAUAAAUCUAUAAAUUCUAAUUGGAAGAUAAAACAAUAUAUUUUAAUAAACUUGUCUGGAGACUCAAUUUGGAUAAAUUUUGGUUACUUUAGACAAAGAACAAAUACUUAAAAAAGAAAUAGUAAAACUCCUUCAAUAAUUUCAGUAUAUGAUAAUUUAAAUGUAGGAUAUAAUUCUAUAUAUACAGAUAUAUGUAUAAGAUAAACUAAGGUAUGUUUCAUAUUAAUAGGAAUAAUUAAUAUUUUAAUAUUACUCAUUAAUCUUUGGAAGACCUAUUCAUCUUCCACCUUUAUCGAUACAUAUGCAUUAUUGUUGAUAUUCCUAUAAAUAUGAAACAUGCAUUAUACCGAACUACGUAGCACCAUGUUUAGAAACCGAUUAUAUAUUAAUUAGUGACAUUAUUUACCUAAACAGCAAAGCUUAUUUAAUAAAGUGUCUCCUAAAAAAAAAUAAUAUGUAAAUGUUAUGAAAGUAGUAAGAAGAUCAGGCCAAGACAUAGUUCAACUAUUUGAGAGAGAGAAUGUUAUAAUUACAUCAACUUUUUAAACAACAUUCUAUAUCAUGUGUUAUAUCUGAUGUUUUGUCAUCAUAAAAUGAUUAAAGAUCAUUUGAUCCGAUUUGUUCCAUAGUAAAAAAAAAACGUUCACGGAUUUCGGAAUUCAAUAGGUCUUAGUUUGCUUCAGGACAUCUUCAUGAAUCUUUUUACAUAAGUCAAAAACUAAACAAUAGUCGACAUCAUGAAUAUUUCACCACGAAUCUAAUAUUUUAGAACCAAAGCUGUUUGCACUUUGAAGGUUCAUUCUGUAUAAUAUCAAAAUAUCAAUAGUGUUUAACGUUUUUUGAUCCUAAAAAGAGCUAUUACUGUAUUUAAAACGAAGGAUUUGGAGAUAACUCGUUCAAAUGGGAAACAAUAGUUCGAAAAUUGGUUGAAUUAUAUGUUUAAUAUUAAGCAAACAUACUCGUAUGCACGGAUUUUUGUUACUAUUGGACUUAAAAUCACUCAAAAACAUAAAUUUCGAUACAUAUGUAUGUAUAUCCAUGAUAAUAAGUUUAAAAUUCGCAUCUGAUGACUUAAAAGCAACAUGAACGAAGGGUUGACAAUGACAGAGAAGUAGUUAGACAUGGUUGACAAACCUUAAAAAAUUACUAAGAUUAAUUGAAAUCAUUUAAAAGAUGGUAACCUAUGUCUAUGUAUGUUUAUGAACCAUUUUCUCGAUAUUUACUAAAGUAGCCUAAACUGGAAUAUUUGUAGAAAUAAAUAAAAAAGUAGUAAAAAUCCUAAUAAAAUCAAAUGCAGAUAAUAAAACAACAAAUUCUAGUCAAGAACUUGCUUAAAAGCGAAUACAAAUUAAAUUAAAAAAAAAACCUAAUACAGUUAAAAAGAAAACCAAAACUAAAUAUAAACUCAAAGAAUAGAAAAUAUUUUAAGUAUUUAAAAGCAUAAAUUUAAGUUAUUAGAGCAAAACUUUUAAAAAUAAU